AUGCUCUCCUGCCCCAAACUAUCGCCCCUUCAGUCCCGAUUCCUGGCCUCAUUGGCAACACUGGCACUGCUCGGACUGAUAUAUUGGACCAUUGGGCACCCUCCACUGGCAUACGCGGCGGAGCUAGACUUCGACGGGGCGGGGGAGCCAAGAGGCGGCGAAGACCACAACUGGCAUCGGAUAACCCAGGAGGCGUUGGAGGAGGAUGGAGUCGACCCUGAGGGAGAUGAAGGGCACACUACGCCAGUCUUGAUUGCGCGGGCACCGGUCGUUUCGUCGACAGGAGGGAAUAAUAUCGCCAACAACGCCAAUAUCGAGGCUGGCAACACAAGCGUGUGGUUGUUCCCAGUUGAGCAGCUGCAGAGUCGACAUGCCGACAGAGGCCCCGGCCUUCCAAGUUACGUUGAAGCUGUUGCACAGACGAACGUUGCGCAUGGAGAGCUGCGGAAACGACACGACAGUGAGCAGGACGACACGCAGGACCUUGACGCCCGACAGAAUGCUCGCGCGAGGACCAUCUACAUAUCCAUGAAUACAUGCCUUCAGCCCAAUUAUGUUGGCAGCGGUACACAAUCGGCCGCACCGCCGCAGCUCACCCUUUAUGUGGCGACUGACGAAUCCAACGAGAAUCCUGGGCCGCAGGGCAGCCAAGGCAAUCAGAGAGCAAUACCACUGGAUGGCGGUUUUGCCGCCACAUCGAUAUCAGUCGACGACAGUUGGUACAUGUCAGUACAUGCGCCGUCACUUCCAGACAACUUCACUGGCGUGUGGAACUACGAGCUGGCAGUAUCCAUUGACGACUAUUUUCAUUCCGUCUCGAACGAUACAGAUCCAAAUCUGUUUCUACUGGACUCGGACUCUUCCGCUGCACUUUUGGUGACGAACAAUCUCACUCAAGCCGACCCAUCGCAGCAGUCGUUCAAGGACUGGAUGAAUCUCACCGCACCGUACGUUGUAUUUGCCAGCAACGUCAACGACACACGGACAAUGGGGCUGUCAAAGUCAUUUUGCGGCUUGAACAAGAACUCGCAAAUUGCUGGAGCUCAGGACCAGUCAGAUGGCUCUGCGACGAACGUCCAAAUGCAGAUGACUACUCGUGGUCUCGGAAACAAGCCCAAGGAGCAGUUCUACGUCACAGCUCUGAACGGCUCCAGCACUUAUUUUGCUACCCUCGCUCAAGUCGGAAACUCCACCAGCUCUGGCUCUGGUGUCGUUGGAGGUGGUGGCAAGGUCUGGCAGACUACGGUCUUUCCCACGAAGUCGGACGGCAAUUGCGCCCUCCUUUACAACCUAGACUUCUGCUCUGAAGUCGCCUACGCCGUACCGAGUACCCCAGACCUUGUCGCCAACUACAGUCGCUUCCAGUCACUCUACGACAAUUUCACUCUCAACUACUACCACAAUUUCAACUACAGCCUCCAGCAGGUUCCUUGCCACACUACCUCCGAUGCGCAAUACUCGCUCGCGCGGAACUGCGAUGACUGCGCAAAGGCCUACAAAGAAUGGCUCUGCGCCGUCUCCAUUCCGCGAUGCGAGGACUUUUCCAGCGACGCGAAGUGGCUCCAACGCCGCAACAUGGGACAACCAUUCUUCAACGGCACGGAGCUUCCAUCGUCGCUUCUCAACCAGCAUUACACGCCCAUGAGCAAGGCGCCAACCCUCGAAGGCACAAUCGCGUACAGCCAGACCUACAUCAGCUCCGUCGCCACUAACUCAUCUCGAAAUCCGAUGAUUGACGAGGUCAUUCAACCCGGUCCGUACAAGGAGGUCCUUCCGUGCGAAGACCUGUGUUACAGUCUCGUCCAGAGCUGCCCAGCAGCGCUUGGAUUCGGAUGUCCGUUCCCGGGAAAGGGCUUGGAAGCGAGUUACGGUUCGCGGCAUGGCAACGGGAAUGGCACGCUGACUUGCAGUUUCUUGGGAGCCUAUGUGUAUACUGGCGGUGCUUCAAGCGUAGGCGCAGGUGUUAUGAUGAGCCGGGCGUGGCGCUUCGGAGUUCAACGCGGCAUAGGAAACGUUCAUGGGAUGGGAGAGCAGGACUUCGACAUGACUUGGUCAGUGAUCAUCUUGUGUACUGAGCUGGCAGAGCACCUGGUUCCAGACAGACCGUCUGCCGUAGGAAUGGAAAAGAACAUUGAACCUUUCAUUGAAUACAACGGCAAGACAACCAGCUCACAGAACCCGCAAGCAGUCUCCGCAUCCAAGUAA